CCCCCGCCCCGCGAAGAACGGAGCCUCUGUCCCCGAGGGGACAAUGGGGACAUUGACACCCCCGCAGGGCCCCGUAUGGCAGAGGAGCCCCCCCGGACCGGGGCCGGCACCCAGCCAUGCCGGGCCGUGGCGAGGGUCCACACCUUCGGGAAGGGGGAGCGGGCGCUGCGGAGGGACCCCCAUACCCCCCCAUCCAUGAGGGGUUGGCUGCACAAACAGGACAGCUCGGGACUGCGGCUCUGGAAGCGCCGCUGGUUUGUGCUGGUGGAUCUCUGCCUCUACUACUAUCGGGACAGCAGCGAGCAGCGAGUGCGGGGGGGGCUCCCCUUGCCUGGCUACGAGAUCCGUGUGUUGCACCCCACGCCCCGCGCCCCCCGCUUCCCCUUCACGGCCGAGCACCCCGGGAUGCGGACGUACUGCCUGGGGGCUGAGACCCCCGAGGAGCUGCAGGCCUGGGUCUGCGCCCUACGCCGGGGAGCAGCGCCCCUGCCCAGCUCCCCCCGCUCCCUCUCGCUGCAGGAGCCCCAGAGUGGGGGGACCCCCUCACCCCCAUUGCCUGCCCACCCCCUUGUCUGGCGCUCCCUGUGCCCCCCAAGUGUGGAGCUGCGGGGGCUCCCCAUGCCUUCUCCUCGCCAUCCUCCCGUUCCUCUGCCACCUCUCAAUAAGGAGGCGCCCCCGGCACGUGGCGAGCCCCGCAGGACGGAAGCCGAGCUGAAGCCCCGCCCCCGUGGAGCCCUGGCCAAUCAGCAGCCUUUCCUUCCGGCCGCCGCGGGGGGGGGACGCGGCGGAGCGAGACCCCGCGACCAAUCAGCCGCCGCCUGCUCCGGCUGCCUCUUCUGA